AACACACUCCCGAUCUUAUAAAUAAGAGAGAUAUCUAUGCAGGCUGAAACCCAAACCAUCCAGAAAACCUUCUGAGACAUAAACACAAGCUAGAAGCGACUCAAGAAAAAACAAGAAAGAAUGGAGAAUGGUAGUAGGAACAGGGAGAAUGGUAGUAGGAACGUGUUGAAGCCGAUGGACUCUGAGCAACUGAGAGAGUACGGACAUCGAAUGGUGGAUUUCAUUGCGGAUUAUUACAAAACCAUCGAAUCUUUCCCUGUCCUUAGCCAAGUUCAGCCUGGUUAUCUUCACAACAUUUUACCUGAUUCAGCACCAGACCACCCUGAAACCGUUGAACAAGUUCUUGAUGAUGUUAAAACGAAGAUAUUGCCUGGAGUAACACAUUGGCAAAGCCCCAACUUCUUUGCUUAUUACCCUUCUAACAGCAGCGUUGCAGGGUUCUUGGGCGAGAUGCUGAGUGCUGGUCUUGGAAUUGUUGGUUUUAGUUGGGUAACUUCUCCAGCUGCCACUGAGCUCGAAAUGAUCGUUCUUGAUUGGAUUGCAAAAAUGCUCAACCUACCCGAUCAGUUUCUCUCCAAAGGAAAAGGAGGUGGAGUCAUCCAAGGGUCAGCUAGUGAAGCUGUUCUUGUUGUCAUGAUUGCUGCCCGCGAUAAGGUCUUAAGAAGCGUUGGCAAGAACGCCCUUGGGAAGCUCGUUGUUUACUCCUCUGACCAGACACAUUCAGCUUUACAGAAAGCUUGCCAAAUAUCAGGAAUCCAUCCAGAGAAUUGCAGGGUGCUGAAAGCAGAUUCCUCUACAAAUUACGCUCUGCGUCCAGAAUUGCUUCAAGAAGCUGUUUCUCGAGAUCUUGAAGCUGGAUUGAUUCCAUUCUUCUUAUGUGGCAAUGUUGGAACCACUUCUUCAACAGCAGUCGAUCCAUUAGGUGCACUGGGAAAGAUUGCAAAGAGCAAUGAGAUGUGGUUUCACGUGGACGCAGCGUACGCUGGAAGUGCUUGUAUAUGUCCAGAGUAUCGACAGUACAUAGACGGAGUAGAAACCGCAGACUCUUUUAACAUGAAUGCUCACAAAUGGUUCCUCACUAACUUCGACUGUUCCCUACUUUGGGUGAAGGAUCAGUAUGCUCUCACUGAAGCUCUGUCAACAAAUCCAGAGUUUCUCAAAAACAAGGCCUCUCAGGAAAACUUGGUUGUUGAUUACAAAGACUGGCAAAUCCCUCUCGGACGAAGAUUCAGGUUCUUUGCUCUCUCUCAGGAACAUCUGCAUGCAUAUCUACAUUAUACUGAGAUUUUGUGUAUCGUGUUUUUAAACAGAUCAUUGAAACUAUGGAUGGUUUUAAGGCUCUAUGGAGCUGAGACCUUGAAGAACUAUAUAAGAAACCAUAUCAAACUGGCCAAAGAUCUCGAACAACUUGUUUCUCAAGAUCCUAAUUUUGAGGUUAUCACUCCUCGGAUCUUUGCUCUCGUCUGCUUCCGUAUGGUUCCUACCGAUGAUAACGAUGAAAAGAAGUGUAAUCGUCGAAACCUCGAGCUCCUAGAGGCAGUAAACUCCUCAGGGAAACUCUUCAUCUCUCACACUGCUUUGUCUGGAAAAAUCGUUCUACGUUGCGCCAUUGGAGCGCCAUUGACAGAGGAGAAGCACGUGAAGGAGACAUGGAAGGUUAUUCAGGAAAAAGCAUCUUGCUUGCUCCCCAAGUAAAUGUUUGGCCUGAUUUUGCCAAGCAUAUCAAGGAUGCAUUGGUUUGAUUUGCUAUAACCAUAUUAAAUAAAAACCUUACAAAAUUUGGAACAACAGUUCAACUUCGGUAUAUGAUGAUUGUGCAUCUCUUUUCUAUUUAUUUUUAUUCCAGUUGUGUGUAUUUUAUCUUUUCUCUAGUUAUGUGUAUUCUAUGUUUUGGUUUGA